AACCGUCUCUCAGGAAAUGCUAAUAAAGUUACCAUGUGUCUGACAGUGCAUUAAUACCAGAUAUGCACAAUGCUGUUCAUAUAGUCUGCUGUCGGUUAGCUGAUAGUGGACAAUAAUAGUUUAAUGAGCAGCCCCCAUCACAAGCAGUCAGAAUGUGAUAAUAGAAUUAAUUUGAGCAAUAAAUUUAAAUAAGUCCCUCUCUGAUUUCUGUUGAAUAACAAACUUAAUUCAGACUGUGGGAAUUCAUAAUUGUCUCUAUAAUGAUACUAAAAUGAAAUUAUGUUUCAGGGUACACCAUCCACAGAUGUGGUUUAGGCUGUCGGCCCCAACUGCAUUAUCACUGCAUCAACUGCCAAUCAAUGCUGGUGAGAAAAGCAGACUUUGUUAAACAUCUGGCAAUAUGCAGAAAGAGACAGUUGGCUGUUCCACUGCCUCCAUCACCCUCACCUCCAUCACCCUGGCCUUCCAGUAGUCCUCACAGCAGGCCUAACUCUCUGGCCCAGUUAAUGAUCAAAGGUAAGGGUGGAUAAUUACAUUUUCAGUUGCAAUUUGAAGUAAAAUAUCAACUUGGCAAUCAUUGUGUUGUCUGUUACCAAUUUCGUGAAGUGGAAGACUUCACGCAGAAGCUUGUAAAGAGAAGGAAGAUCGAGGGAUGGAAUUUCUAUUAAAAAUGGGAAAAAAACACUUGUCUCUCACUUGUUAUUUCUUAAUGUUUUUUUGUACAUUUUUACAUAUUUAUAAAUGUUCACUUUGAUCAUUUUAAUCUGCCCUCACCGUAAUCCUUGUGUUAUGUUUUUGUAAUCUUUAACAUCUGGUGAAGAGUCAGUCAACUCAGCUUUAUUUAUCAAUCAUACAGUAACAGGUCUUUUACUCGCUGUACGCGAUGAAACGCGCUGACUGCGCACGCGCCAUUUACAAUUCGCUCCAGUCCAGUAGGUGGCGUCAGCUCCUUAACUUUUGUGAAGGCGACGAAGAAGAAGACAAUAAAAUGGAGUCUUGUUUUGAUACGAGGCUGUGCGAGGAGGUCCGCCGUCACCCACACAUAUAUGACUCGUCUUUGAAGGGAUACAAAGACAGCCAGAUGCUGUCGAACUCCUGGCGGGAUGUUGCGCGGGCGGUCGGGAGAAACGAACACAACUGCCGUUACAAGUGGAAAUACCUGAGAGACAGAUACGUGAGGGCCAAGAAGAAACAGCAAGAAAAGGGCGGUAGCGCCCACAUACCUCCUAUUAUUUCCAAGUUAGACUGGCUCUCUGACUUCAUCAAAUAUCGACCGGUAACUGGACCGGAGCGUGGAUCCGGACAUGCGCAUGCGCUGAACGCCGCUCAGACGCGAACCGACAGUGGUAUGAAUGGAGCCGCGUGCGCCUCCGCGCGACCGGUAGAAGUCCGCAGCUGUCCGCGGAACGCGCAGAACCUGCCGUUGGAGCCUCGCCUUCCUCUGUCAUCCCUCCACCUCCUGGUUCCUCCACUGAGGUUGAUGUCAGCCUGUAUGUGGCAGGUGGCCCAGGAGCGAAAUGUGGACCAGUAUGAUAAACUGGCCGAGUUCAUCACACUGGUGAUAGAGAUGGUCCCGGAAAUUCUGAACUACAAGCAGAAGGCUCAGCUCAUCCUGGGACUGAAAGCGCGGCUCAUCCUUGAGUUCAUAAAGAGGACGGAUGUUGACUGUAAAGCUAUCCAGGACCAUCUUCUUAGUUUCCAGCAGAGGAUGACAGAGGACCAAGAUGGAGAGGUGGAGAUGUCAAAGUCAGCUUUUGUGGAGCUGGUACAGACACUGCUGGCAGACCAAUCUGAAAAAGAAAUUUUUUUCAAGGAGGUCUACUCUGUACAAUAUGGAGCUCGUUUUGAUACAGCGCUCCAGAUCCUUGUGUGGGAGUUCUUCUACCAACUGGAAGAGUUGCUCCCAGUACCAAGUUUUUCACAGGUAUUCUCCAUGUUUGACGUGUCUUCCCGCCACUGUGAGUUUGAGCGGUUUGUCUCCGACCCUCAAGAUCUGAGGAGGAUUCUGCAGCGCCAACAGAAGCAACAAAAGUUGACCAAAAGUGAAUUCACCUUCAUGUCAGACACUAUCCUCUCCACGCUGGCAUCUAAACAGACUUCAGCGGCAUUUCAAGAUCAUGCUUAUCAAAAAAUUGAUGAUCGAGAUGGAGACGAGAAACCAGAGGGAAGAAAUCAAGAAAAGCCACAAAGUAAGGAUGAUGAAGAGACUGACGACAGUUCCAUUGAAACUAACCCAGACACCCGGCUGCAAGAGCGCGGCCUGUCACCGCUUACGUCCUCUCCAUGUUCUGAAGAAGCUGGUGCGGCAGAUGACGGCGAAACAGCUGGUGAAGCCGCCGUCCAGCCACCCAGAUGCUCAGAAAGCUCAGCGGAAGGAGUGGAGGAACAUCUGGAUCUGAGGAUAAACAAGGAGCCGUCAGAAGAGAACACAAUCCAGUCCUCGGCAGGAGACAGAGCCAAUGUCUCUCUUCCAUUCAGUGAGGACUCCUUAAGCGCCAGUGAAAACACCUGCCUGGAGUGUGGCGAGACUUUUGCACGUCAUUCUUCUUUGAAAAAACAUUAUCUUAUUCACCCUUCGGCACGGCCAUUCAAGUGCACUCAGUGCGAUAAGGCCUAUAAAUACAACAAAGACCUGAAACAACAUUUGCGUAAUCACUUUAACCCUAAAAUCCUGGCCUUCGCUUGCAGCGUUUGUGGGAAGAGAUUUAAUUCUCAGGCUUUGCUCACAGUCCACAUGCGUCAUCACAGCGGAGAGAGGCCGUACGCCUGCUCGUACUGUGACAAGAGGUUCCUGACGAAGCCAGUCUUGACGACCCACGUGCGUCUUCACACUGGAGAGCGCCCAUAUGCCUGCAAGUUUUGCAACAAGACAUUCACACAGCUGUACCCGCGCACUGUGCACCAAAGGACACAUAACAAAGAGAAGCCGUACCUGUGCAGCACAUGUGGUAUGUCCUUUAGUGGCUCUGGGGCCUUGCUGGUGCAUACACGCACUCACACGGGGGAGCGGCCUCAUCGGUGCGACUUGUGCGGAAAACGUUUCGCCACAGCCAUUCAGUUGACGGUUCAUCGGAGAUUCCACACUGGGGAGAGGCCGUACCCUUGCUCACAUUGUGACAAGUCGUUCCACAGUAGUACAGGACUGAAGAAACACAUGAGGACACACACGGGAGAGAAACCUUACAAGUGUAUAACGUGUCACAAGACGUUUUCUCAAAGAUCCAACAUGAGGAUACACCUCAAAGUCCACAAGAACCUCUAGCAUACUGUUGUUGAUGCUCGUGGGUGUUCACGUUACUGUAUGAAAGGCUGGUUCAUUGCUAUGUCAAGACAGUCUGUUUUGGUGCAUCUCCAUGUCAAUAAAUCACCAACAUGUAUGUUUGCAUGUAAAUAUCGACUUAGGACACUCAGAUAGUACAGAUGUGGAUUAAUGUGUACGUUUAUGAACCUCACAUUUUAAGAGACCAUCGUUAAAGAGUAUAUGUUUAGGUUAGGUUUAUGUUAAAGACUUUUCAAUAAAAAUAAAUACCAAAAUUAAGGAGUGAGUGGUCUUAUGUUUGACAUAGUGACAAACGUGUGUGACUGAGAGAUAGUCAUCAGUUAUACUGUAGAAUCUGAAAAAGGGUGUGUGAUAAAUAAUGUUUUGCACAACUUGUAAACAUUUUUUGAUAAUAUUCUUAUGAAUUUACUUGUUUUAAAAUUUGCAACCAAAAAAUGUACUGGGCAAUAAACU